AUGUCGUCUCCUGCACUCCCCGCCACUCCCUCGGAGAUGAUGAACGGCAACGGCGCGGCGCUGCCUUCUCGACCCGCAGCCGGCCUCAACAGCCGCGAAGGCAGUUCGGGUCCCGGUACUCCCAUCGGGUUCCAGCGAUUCCCUCACAACAAGCAUCUCGACCAUGUUGUCAACGGAGUGCCGCGACAACCGUCGCCGCAGCCGACGCACUUGGGCAUCCCCGGCACUCCUGGGACCCCGCAUCGAGUGCUCUCCGAGGAAGAUCCAGGCUACAUUGCCGAGACCUUUGAGGGCAAGCAGAAGCAGAUGGAACAAGUGAUGGAUCAAUUGGAGGAAAAGGGCUUCUUCCCGAGUGAUUUCGUCAUGUCCGAGACCACAUGGUUCUACAACAUGCUGGGCAUCGACGACACCUACUUCCAGACCGAGUCCGUCGAGAACAUCGUCACCCAGAUCCUCUCCUUGUACGCCGCCAAGGUGGCCGCCUACGCGCGUGAUGACAAGCAGCUGGAGAUUCGUCUCGACAAGGAAGCCGAGGACCACGCCGUGUACAUCGACACCAGUAGGCCUGGUGUCUCGACAGUCAAUGGCCCCCGCUACGAGCAGCGCAUCGAUGAAAAGUACAUCAAUACCUCCAAGGGCGCCGAUAGCUACCGAGUGGAAACCUUCCGAUCCCCCACCACUCUCCCUGGUGAUGAUGGCCAGCAGCUGCGCUGCUACUUCGUGUACAAGUGUCAAUUCGCCAACCCCAAUCCGGACCCCAAUGAGACCAACAUUGAGAUCAUCGGUGAGAAGCGCUUUUUGCAAAAGGCCACUCCCAACACCAAGGCCAUCUACCAGGAGAUCAUCAGUACCGCGGUCGGCCGUCACGGUCCCGUCAUCGAGAUGUUCGAGAUCGAGGGCAGCCGAGAGAAGCGUCUGGUGAUCGCGUACCGCCAGGGCUCCGCGAUGGGACUGUUCAGCGCCCUCUCGGAUCUGUACCACUACUACCGCCUGACCAGCUCUCGCAAGUACUUGGAGAACUUCUCCAACGGUAUCACCGUCAUCUCUCUGUACCUGCGCCCCUCCGCCUCCCCCGAGUCGGCCAAGUUCCCUCCCAUUGAGGCGUCUAUCCACCAGAUCAUGAAGGAGGCGUCUCUGCUGUACUGUAUCCCCCAGAACCGCUUCCAGCACCACUUUGCCACUGGUCGCCUCAGUUUGCAGGAGACCAUUUACGCCCACUGCGCCUGGGUGUUUGUGCAGCAAUUCCUGAACCGUCUCGGUUCCGAGUAUACGUCCCUCUUGGCGCUGCUGGACUCGAACAACAGCGUCCACGCGGAACUGCUGUCCAAGAUCAAGAAGCGUCUGCGUACCGAGACUUUCACCGCGGAUUACAUCUUCGAGAUCAUCAACAGCUACCCCGAAUUGAUCCACAAGCUCUACCUGGGCUUUGCCAACACCCACUACGUUCAGACCACCGAGACGGGGGAUGAUUUCUUGCCCACGCUGAGCUACCUCCGCCUGCAGGUGGACGAGGUUCUGGAUGACAAGAAGCUCAAGCAGCUGAUCCGCAACACCGCCGCCAACGAGCACGACGAGAUGGUGAUGAAUUCCUUCCGGGUCUUCAACAACUCCGUCCUGAAGACCAAUUUCUUCACCCCGACCAAGGUCGCUCUCAGCUUCCGCCUCAAGCCGGACUUCCUCCCCGAGCAUGAGUACCCGCAGCCGCUCUACGGCAUGUUCCUCGUGAUCAGCUCCGAGUUCCGCGGUUUCCACCUGCGCUUCCGGGAUAUUGCCCGUGGCGGUAUUCGCAUUGUCAAGUCUCGCAACAAGGAGGCGUACAGCAUCAACGCGCGGUCGCUCUUUGACGAGAACUACAACCUCGCCAACACCCAACAGCGGAAGAACAAGGAUAUCCCCGAAGGUGGUGCCAAGGGUGUCAUUCUGCUCGAUGUUAACCACCAGGACAAGGCGCGGGUCGCCUUUGAGAAGUACAUUGACUCGAUUAUGGACCUCCUCUUGCCUCCCGUCAGCCCCGGUAUCAAGGACCCCAUCGUGGACUUGCACGGCAAGGACGAGAUUCUCUUCAUGGGUCCCGACGAGAACACCGCCGAGCUGGUCGACUGGGCGACUGAGCAUGCUCGUGCCCGUGGGGCUCCCUGGUGGAAGUCCUUUUUCACCGGCAAGAGCCCCAAGCUUGGGGGUAUCCCGCACGAUACCUACGGCAUGACCACGCUGUCUGUGCGUCAGUACGUGCUGGGCAUCUACCGCAAGCUGGGCAUCGAUCCUUCCACCAUGCGCAAGCUGCAGACGGGAGGUCCCGACGGCGAUCUUGGAUCCAACGAGAUCCUGCUCUCCAACGAAAAGUACGUCGGCAUCGUGGACGGCUCGGGUGUCCUGGUUGACCCCAAUGGGCUUGACCACGCGGAGUUGAUCCGCCUGGCCAAGAAGCGUGUCAUGAUUUCCGAGUUUGACCUGAGCAAGCUGUCUCCCGCCGGCUACCGGGUGCUGGUGGAUGAGAAGAACAUCAAGCUGCCUUCUGGUGAGGUGGUGCACAACGGCAUGGUCUUCCGCAACACGUUCCAUCUGCGCCAUGCUGAGGGGGAGCAAUUCGACGUUUUUGUCCCAUGCGGUGGCCGUCCCGAGUCUAUUGACCUGUCAACCGUUGGCAAGCUCAUCCAGGAAAACAAGACCACCAUCCCCUACAUUGUGGAAGGUGCCAACCUUUUCAUCACUCAGGACAGUAAGCUGCGUCUGGAGAAGGCUGGCUGCGUCCUGUUCAAGGACGCCUCUGCCAACAAGGGCGGUGUGACGUCUUCCUCGCUCGAGGUGCUUGCCUCGCUGUCCUUCAACGAUGAAGAAUUUGUGCAGAACAUGUGUGUUCGCGAGGACGGGACUGUUCCCGAGUUCUACCAGGCCUAUGUCAAGCAGGUCCAGGAGAUCAUCAAGGAGAACGCCGAACUGGAGUUUGAGGCCAUCUGGCGCGAGCAUGAGCAGACAGGUGUGCUGCGCAGUGUUCUGAGCGACCGCCUCAGUGUGGCCAUCACCAAGCUGGAUGAGGAGUUGCAGCAGACAGCCCUAUGGGAUAAUAUCGUCCUUCGCCGGUCCGUGCUCAGCGAUGCUCUCCCCAACUUGCUGCUGAAGAAGAUUGGCCUGGACUUGAUUUUGGAGCGUGUCCCCGAAAACUAUCUCCGUGCCAUCUUCGGUAGCCACUUGGCCAGUCGGUUCGUCUACAAAUACGGCAACCAGCCCAGCCACUUUUCUUUCUUCGACUUCAUGACCGGGCGUAUUGCCCAGAUUCAGUCUUCUUAG